GCGGUUGAGUUUCCUGAGCGGGGCGGGAAGCGGAGGGGAGGGGAAGAGCGAGUUCGAGCCGCCGCCGUCGUGACGGGCCGGGAGCGCGGCAGGAGGAGGCGAACGGGACCCGCGCGCGGCCCGGCUCCUCACGGAGCUCCCGGACUGCGCCGGCCUCCAUGUGAUGUUCUGGGUCAGAAAUGCCUUAUGUGGAUCGUCAGAAUCGCAUUUGUGGUUUCUUAGACAUUGAAGAAAAUGAGAAUAGCGGGAAGUUUCUGCGGCGGUACUUCAUUCUGGACACGAGAGAAGACAGUCUGGUCUGGUACAUGGAUAAUCCCCAGAAUCUUCCCUCUGGGUCUCCGCCUGUUGGAGUCAUUAAACUUACCUAUAUUUCAAAGGUUAGCGAUGCAACUAAGCUAAGGCCAAAGGCAGAGUUCUGUUUUGUUAUGAAUGCAGGGAUGAGAAAAUAUUUUCUACAAGCCAAUGAUCAGCAAGACCUAGUAGAAUGGGUAAAUGUUCUGAACAAAGCUACCAAAAUCACAGUACCAAAGCAGUCUGAUCCUCUGUGUCAAAUGGAUAAUGCAAACCGUCAAGCUGAAAGCCCAGGUGGAAAGAAGCAAGUGUCUUACAGGACAGAAAUUGUUGGUGGUGUUCCUAUCAUUACACCUACCCAGAAAGAAGAAGUCAAUGAGUGCAGUGAAGGAGGUGACAGGAGUUACCUGAAACGAUCGCAAAGUCACCUUCCUUAUUUUACUGCUAAACAUCCCCCAGAUAAUGCUGUUAUCAAAGCUGGCUACUGUGUAAAACAAGGAGCAGUGAUGAAGAACUGGAAAAGAAGAUACUUUCAGUUGGAUGAAAACACAAUAGGAUAUUUUAAGUCUGAACUGGAGAAGGAACCUCUCAGAGUUAUACCACUUAAAGAGGUCCAUAAAGUUCAGGAAUGCAAACAAAGUGAUAUAAUGAUGAGAGACAAUCUCUUUGAAAUUGUAACUACUUCUCGAACCUUUUAUGUACAGGCGGACAGUCCAGAAGACAUGCACAGUUGGAUAAAAGCAAUUUCUGGGGCCAUUGUAGCACAGCGGGGACCUGGAAGAUCAGCAGCUUCCGAGCAUACCGAGUCUUCUUCCGAACCCAGCCAUGCUCUCCGUUCUGCCCUCCCAGCCCCAGCCACCUCACAUUCCACAGCCACUCACAACAGCCCUCUGGUCCCAAACCCUCACGCCAAAUACCCUGCCUUGGAGAAGCGAGGAUUUCACGAAUCUUUUACCAAGGCCAAGCCAGGGAGCUACAAGAUCCAGGCUGUCGCUCCAAGAGAAUCAGCUGCCAAAGUGACUGAACAGGGCCUCUCAGAACCCCAAAGCAAAAAUGGCACUCAGGAACAGGAUCCUGGCCUUGUGGAUCUGGAUGAUGCAAGCCUUCCAGUUAGCGAUGUAUAAUGAUGGAAGUGUUUGGAGAAUGAUCCAUUUGUUCGGUCCUCUAAUUUCCUUGCUCAGACUUUUAACCAAAGAAAAUUACAGGAAAUAAGAACAAAAAUAAAAGCAAACACUGAUUUAUAUAUAUAUGUAUGUGUGUUUAUGUACACAUAUGUGUAUAUAUAUGUUUGUUUGUAUAUUGCCUUUCAGCCGAAGGUCAAAAAGGACCUUAUGCAUUUUCUCAAAGCCUGAUAGUAAAUCACCAGGGAGGGGCCAAACUGCACAAUUUACAGUGAAGUAAACAAAAGACAAAACCAAAAAUGUACUUUUGCAGGUUAGCAAGGUACCAGCAACUUUUCAUUCCUAAUCUGGCAAACUAAAUUUACAAUUAAUGCUGUGUUGUAAAAACCUUAUUGCCAAAAUAUGUGAUUACUUAACUUCAUUCUGAACUACAGUAAGAUUUUAUGCAUAUGUGAGAAUUGUUUCUCUCCAUGGCUUUCAGAUAGCAGGAAAUGCACAAAAUGUUUCUUCUGUUCUUUAGGAUCAAUAGUGUCAACUGAAUUGUUAUCAGAAUAAGAAUUCUGGGCUCCCUUGGAAUUCUAGUUAUGGUGCUGAAAAAUUUCCACUAAAAUAAUAUUUUGAAUAGUCUAUUUUUGAUGCACUCCUAAAGGCGGGUUAUAACUUUUUGCACAUUUGGAUUUUAAUGGACUGCAUGUAAUGUUGUGAGUGGGGGAGGAGGGAAAUUGGACUUCUGAAUUUGGACACUUUGGACCUUUUGAACUAAGUAGGGUUCAUAUUGUGUUACAUGAGGCUUUGCAGUAAUUAUUUUUAUUAAAUGUCUAAACGUAUCGUUUGAUUACUGUUUUGAGGAUGGUUUUCUUAUCAGUGCUUUGUGAGCAGUUGUUUCUGUGUUGGAUCAGUGGAAGACCUCCUCAUUUAGUUUUGUCCUUAUUGGUACUGAACUGUUCACAGUCAUGCAAUUGUGGCCUAUAACUUUUGGUGCACUAAUAAUCUUAAGUGCCUGUGUUUUUUCUCACAUUGUUGAAACACUUUCACGUUAGGUAUGUACACAAACCAUUCUCAAUGGCUUUGAACCUUGGGUUGAGAGUUGUUCUGAAUAGUGUUGUUUGAAACGGCUGUUUAAAAAUAGAAAACUUAUGCUAGGGAUACCAGGCUUCUGGUAUUGCAUCUACUGGCUGUGCAAUAGAUGUUUUUGGGAAAGAGAAAAUGAAUAUUUGUCGUUUGUGUACACUGUGUUACGGGGCUUCGGUGGUGCAAAGGGGAGGAACCUUUACAUUUCAAGCAUUGGAUUAGAUUGAGUGUGUACUUCUCAUCGUUUCUGAAAAACUGUUAUAAUCAAAACCCCACAAAUAUGUCAUGCUGCUGCUUACUGUGAUUCAGAUAGUCCAGCUUUGUGUUACUUUUUUGUCUACUCUGACCUAAGAUACAUAUCAUACCAGUCCAUCUUCUCUCUGACUUCCAAACUGACUUCCUGCCUGAGAGAUACGGAUGGCUUUACCACGAUAAUUUGUUGAUCCAAGGAUGGAAUAGAGUGAAAUAUAAUCUAAUUUCAGAACCUUAAGUUAUGUCAGCACCUUCAUUUUUUAUCCAUAAGCUAACUAACCACAGUCUUAAGGCCGUGGUGUUUGUAUAUUACUGGUUUUCUUUGACUCUUUAGAUACAUGUGAAAACUAGCACAGAAUUGGAAGCUUCUGUAAGUGUCUAAACUAGUAUUGUAGGUUUUAACUUCUUUAAAGACAAAACAAUAGCUCUUCAAAGGCUUAUUUUUUUCACAAGUACAUUCGGUGUGGAAGACACUUUGCAUUAAAAUAUUUUUACUGUAGUCUAACAUCUGAAAUCACUUGCUCUGGUACAGCUUUCACACUGCAUGUUCAUUUUACUAUAUUUUGGUAUUGGCAAUUUUACACAUUGGGUGGAGGUAAAGCAGCUCCAUUAUGGAUCUUUUAAAAAGAGGGGGAGGGGGGCAACAGAAAGAACUACUGAUGUAGCUCAGUAGAAUAGGGAAAUAUUUGUGGUUGGUAAUUGUCAGGGUCUCCUAUUUAUCAGUACUUUUAUAAAUCUAUGAAAAUUGUUAAAUUAUUUUAGAAACAGUGCUGUAAAUAUGUCACAUUUAAAUUGUCAAUAAAUCACUUUGGGUAACUUAAA